AUGAAGAGAUCUUAUUCGUCAAUGAAAGAACAUAAGAUUAUUUUCGAAUGGAAAAUAGAUCAAUUUAAUUCAUUCAUCGAUUCAUCUCUCACGUGUACAGAUGACGUAAAAGUUGAAUCUGUUGGAUUUUCAACAGGUGCUAAAAUAAAUGACGCUUGGUACUUGAGACUAAAAUUUAAAAAUAACGAAGUAAUGCAAGUCAAAGAAUGGCUGUCAGUAUUUUUGUAUUUAAAACACAGCGAUACAGAAUCAGUAAGAGCAACAUAUUCUUUAUAUAUUUUGGAUAAUAAUAAUGAAAAAAAAGUAAGUAUUAAAACAUCAAGUCGAGUAUUCAAACUUAAUGAAAGUUGGGGUUCUAAUAGAUUUCUGGAAAUAAAAAAGUUGUUGGAAAAUAAAGACAGUUUACUACCAAAUAAUAUUAUGACAUUAUGUGUGGAUCUUGUUGUACUUGAAGAUUAUACAUCAACUACAAUGAAAGUUCCAUUAAAAAUUCUGAAGCCUCAAAUAGUUGAUGAUUUUGAGAAACUCUUUAAUAAAAAAAUAAAUGUCGAUGUGAUUUUAAUUGUUGGCAACGAAAAGUUUCAUGCGCAUAAGACAAUUUUAUCAGCACGAAGUCCAGUACUUGCUUCAGUUCUCCACAGAAUGCAAGAAAGUAACAAUAAUAUAUUGAUGAUAAGUGAUGUAGCUCCUGAAAUAUUCCGAGAAAUGUUGAGAUUUAUUUAUACUGAUAAAGUUGAUGAUUUGGACAGCAAAGCUGUAUCUCUACUACAAGUUGCUGAUAGAUUUAAAUUACAAACACUGAAGAUAUCAUGUGAGGAAUCGCUUCGCGAAUCAUUAAUUAAUGCAAAUGCAAUUAAAUUAUUAAUGUUAGCAGAUCAAUGUCAUGCGAAUCUACUGAUGGAGUCCGUCGUCAAUUACAUUGUAAUAAAUAUCGAUAGUGUAAUGAAAACUGAAGAUUACAAAACAUUAGAAAAUUCUAAACCGGUCUUAUUAUCGAUUUUACUUAAAAAAUUUUCUGAUUUAAUUAAAAUUAGAGGGUAG